AUGCAUGUAAGUAAACGGGGGGUGACAACUCUAACAAAGGCUGUUUGGGCAGUCCUAUGAAUAACCUCAUGUCCUCCCGGAAAUUUCGUCGACUCUCCCGAAUUUUUCGGUGGCAUUCCCUACAAAUGUUUAACUUCCCAAAAUUGUUUUAACAAUUAAAAUUAAAAUUUUGAUUAGAGAUUUUUUUUGCAGCUUCUUUUUAAUUAUGUAACUUGUUAACUAUCUAAUCUUAGUUAUUUUUUCGUUUAGAGGGUAUCAUGGUAACACAGAAAGACUGUCAAACUUUUUGCGUAUAUAAAAUCGUGUUUUUUGUUUUUUAAUCACCAAUGAAUCAGGCGAGCAGUGAAGGGGCCAACCACUUGGGGGGUCUGGGGGCAUGCUCCCCCAGAAAAUUUUGAAAUCUUGGUGCUCUGAAACGCCAUUUCUAGUCUUCUGAGAGGACAAAUUCUGUCUAAAAUGUUCUCUAAAUCAAUUGUCCUUUUUAUGCUUAUUUUUAUUGCGUGACUUCGCGUAGAAGUUGUCAAUUUUAUUUUAUACAAGUUGUGCGGUUUUUGAAAUUGCUCUGGAUAUCACUUUCAGCUAAGUACACUCUAUGUGGUGUCGUUGUAUGAGUAUCAUAAGAAUUCAUUUGAAAAUUUCAGAACAACUGUCGAAAUCUGAAAUUUUCCUAUCCCGAACGCAUAUUGAUCGGGAUUCGGGAUUUUCCAGCAAAAUCGGAAGGACCUCAGCCGUUUUCAAGUGUCAAAAUACAUAGAAUACAGCGCAUACACUGGGUGCAUAUCACUGUAUAUAUAUUGUUUGAUAACAUGUAAUAUCAAAUCUUUGCUCAAUGUCCCGAAAAUAUCUCAUAUUUCCCUAAAAAUUUCCCAGGUUUCCCGAUUCCCGGCAAAAUCUCCAGAUUCCCGGAAUAAAUUUGUUUUUCUCCCGAAACAACCCUUGUUAGAGCUGUCACCCCCCGUUAAGUAGGCUUGUACACAGUUGAACCUUUAAGUACGACUACCUCCUACUGUCAGGGGCACCCAACGUCAAUUUUCGGAAAAUAUCUGUUCGGAAGACGAUUUGAGAUCUAGAAUUUUCGGAACAUUUGUUGUAAAAUUUCUUACUUUCCUGCCCCUCCUAGGAUUUUCGAACAUCUAGAGAAUGGUAUAACUGCGCAUUUUUAACGAAGUUUUACCCUGAAAAUGUCACCUGGAAUUUUCGGGAGCCUUUUUUUUUGGCUAAAAUUUUCGAAAAGGUAAGUUUUAAUCCCCAUAAUUUCCGGAUCACUAGACUUUCAGCUAGGAAAUCCGAACAGAUGAAAAAUUUUUAGGGGAUAAAAAUAUGCCUGUAUCUACCGUUUAAAUACUAAAAUACGUUUAACAAUGUUAAAGUGGUUUUGAACUGUAUUCUCGUUGGGUGCCCCGUACUUUAUCAGUGACCACCUAUCAAAGUACCCAGAUUUUCCUAGUCAAAGACCCAUAAUUUAAUGGAAUCUCUCAUAGACGACCGUCUCUUGUAAGCGACAUCAAACCUUUUUUUGUGCUGACGGUUUUAUAAUUUUCCAUUGUUUUUAUUCUUUGGUAAACCACAUGGCCUGAUCUCUUUGUUUGCUGUUUGUACUACCGCUCCUGGCCUCACAGUGUACGAAGAAUGUUCACUGACAGCAUGCAUCUACACAUAUCAGUACUUAGAAUUUGCAUGCAAUAUCCUCUUCCAAAAUGUAGGUGUGUAGGGACCUCUUCUUGGAAGAGACCCCCGGUUGUGGGUCGAUUCUCCUAAGUAACCACCUCCUGUAGGGACCACUAAAUGUUUGCAUUUUGGGUGGUCGCUGUCUGGCGGGGUGGGUGACCUACUGUGGAUAUCGUCAUGAAAGUCCCUACUUUGUUCUUUCUUUUCUUGUUCUUCUUUUUUGCGUAUUGUGUGGCAUUAAAAGUGUAAUGAAAAGCAUAUUUAGCACUAUUUCGGCUGCUGGAUUUAGCCCAGUUUGCGUGAAAAUAAUUGGGCCAUAGUAUGGAGCUGAAACUUUGAUCUAUCGGCGGGGAAACCGUCAAUGCCCAUGCAGCUGCCCAUAACUGCCCGUGCAGAUCCACGUCCCUUCUACCACUUGUAAGAUCAUCAGUUUUAAUGAACAAGGACAAUUUUGUCUGCUAACUUGUGCAAAUAGGGUAACUACAGAGAACAAAAGUUUUUGUUGUUUUCUAUUGGUAGCUCAAAUGGCAGCACAACAUUACAUGGAAGAGGAAAAGCUUUAUUUUCCCAUUUGGAAGUCAGUAAAAUGUCAAAAAGGCCCUUUAGGGCAAAGUGUCUCAAGUAAUUUUAUUGCCGAUGGUAGCUUCAAAAUAUGUUUUUCAGCAAAAUUUCCAGAGGCGAAUGGGCAAAGUAAAGUACCAAGCUUUUUGUGAAAAAUCCAUUUUCCAGCACAAAACAGCGAAACCUGGCCAUUUAAUGUGAAAUCAGGUGAAAAAAAUCGGCAAAAGGCAAUUCGCUCUUGAGCCACCAAUAAAAACACUGUCCGUGCACAUGCACCUACCCUCUACCACUUGUGACGUCAUCAGUUUUAAUGGUCAAGGACAACUUUGUCUGCUAACUUGUGUACAGUGAAGAGAUCUUUCAAACCAUACCAGAAUGAGCAUAAUUCAGUCAAGGACACUGGAGAAAAGGCAAAAAACCUUGUAGCAUUGACCCGAAAUUUUUCAUGAAAAUUCUGUUCCACUAUCCACCUACCUUUCCAUUCUUCUAAUCCUAAGAUACUAAAAGCUUUUCUAAAAACUAUUCCCUCAAAAAUGAAGCCUACUAAAUGCCCAGCAAAAGAAAAAAAAAAUGAGGCAAGAAAAUUGAAAAAAGAGGGGAGGAGAGAAAGCGAAAAGUCUCCCUGUCUCCCUGUGCCAAAAAUUUUGCUUUCCGUGCAUGCCGGAACUUCACAAGCUAAUAUUUUGCAUCUGGAUCAGAAGGCUGUGAAGUGUAUAUAUGACCUGUAAAUGGCUUUAUGGUAAAUUUUAGCUCUUUAUAGCAUGACAGUGACCAGAAAACUGCUCUAGUUCAAAAUGCAUUUUUGGGCAAAAUUUCGAGGGCCAAAUGGUUUAAAGUUCAAUUUUCUUGACCCAAGGGGGUACUUCAGAUUUCAAGUGAUGGAUAUGAUCGCAAGGGGACAAAAAUCAAAACCCAAAACAUUUGCGGGACCAAAAAUUAAUGCCCACCAUGCCAAAUUUCUGAACCUUAAAAAUUCCCAUGAGAAAGAAAAACAAGUUUUAUUGUACAUGUACUUUAUUUGCAGAAAUAUGUGGCUGGCAUACAUGGGCAGUACUACCACGAGUCUUAAAAAAUAUAAUGUCACAAGAGCGUGUUCUAUUGAAAUGACCUGAUAUGGUCAUUUUUUAUUAAAUUAAAUCAAUAGAAAGUGACUGUAUCAGAUCAUUUCCAUAAGAGUUUCUUGUCACUGUGCAGGUGUGGUUAUUGAUAAUUAUUUAUGGGAGACAGAAGAUCAGGGUUACGUAGAAAUUUGAUUGAUGCUAUCGCUGAUCUCUUCUGGCAUGCUCUAUAUUUAUAUCAUAUUUUUAUUAAUCUACUCUACAUGAAUUCCUGGUAUUUUUUUCCACUCUAGAUGUCAUUUUUUGCUUCAAAGAGUGUUUCAGAUCUGUUGUUUAAAGGAUGGACAAUAUCAACAGCUGGAGGUAAGCAGUGCUUUUCAUAGAAUUCACUUUUCCCAAAAAACACAUCUUGAUGCUUGUCUAGCCAUUUUUCUGGCCACUUUGUGGUAAAAAAAUCCAAACUAUCUAUGGCAAAAAUGUUGUUUACAUGAGGUCAAACACUUUGCAGCCUCUGAUCCUGAUGCUAAAUAUCAGCUCCUGAAGUAUGUGCUUGCCUAGAGGGUAAAAUUUGGGGAGAUAGUUUUGGGUUACCGUUUGUUUUUACCCCCUUCUCUUCUUUUGCUUAUCUUUCCUGAUUUCUUUCUUUUUAAUGUAGAGCAUUAGUUUUUAUUACCGGUAGGCUUCAUUAAGCUCAGUGGGAAAAGAUGUUGGGAAAACGUUUAGAUUUGAUUACAGAAUUAAAUGUAGAUGGAAGGCAGUGGAGAUCGAUGGGUGGGGGAAUUUAGGGAAUUUUCAGGUCCACUUUUCAUAGUUUCUUGGAUCGUCCUGUGCCUGUUUUACUAGGUGUGGUUUGAAAGAUCUUUCCCCUCAGCAAAAAUUAGAUGUCAAAGUUGUCCAUGACUGUCAAAACUAUGACAUCACGAGCUACAAGGGACAUGGUUUCACAUGGGUUAUCAUAGACAGUUCAGGAUGAAUUGAUUAAAAUUACCUUACUGGUAAUUAUACUUUCACCAGACAUUUUUUGUUUAAAAUACUGAUAAUGACUUUGAAUACAUAAAGAUAUUUCAAAAUAAUUAUUGUUCAUUAAAGUAGAAGAAAGUUCAUCUUGAAGACAUCAUAAAGAAUUAUUUGUCAUUUAUAAGACCUACAUAACUGUAUAUAUGCUGGUAUAUAAAGUUAAUGGUGCCUUAAUAAGUACACAUUGAUGCCAAGAAAUAUUGUUAUUAACUGUUUGGCUGUGUGCAUAGAAAAAACAGGGCCUUACUUAUGGCGCUUAAGUUAUAUUAUUCAAAAUUAUGCCAGUAAUAAAUAAAAACAUAAUGUUCUAAUUUCAGGAAUGGCUGGAUCCUGCAUUGCAGUAAUUUUAAUAACUAUUCUUUUUGAGACUCUGAAGUCUUACAAGCCUAACCAACAAAAACCACACAAGGAAAACAGUGAAACAACUCCACUGAUUAGACGGCCAAACCAAGACCUCACCAGGUACAAAAUAUGUUACAAGAUGCUAAAAUUUCAUCUUUAUUUUUGAUUAUUCACAUUAAUUUUGUGCUAACAAUAGUUACAAGGGUUUUGUGUCUUUAUUGGUUUGAUUGGGAUAAUUUUUCCCCAAUAGGGGUGGGUUUCUCCUAUCCUUUUUUUGAUUCUGUGAUCCUUCAAGCCUGACUCACAAAUCCAGAUAACACGUUCUUUAACACAUGAUAUAAGGUGGCUAAACACAGUUUUGUGGGCAGUCAAUGGUAACUCUCACGAUGGCACAUGUUUUAAAUUAGACAAACAAACAUGGCAGCGAAAAAAGCAAUGGUACACAGAAGGUGAUUUCUCAAAAUCUACUCAUUAAAAUUUUGUGAUAUUUAGCAGAAUUUUUACUUUUAUCGUAUUUUAAAUAAUGAGAACUUUAAAAUGGAAGUUGAACAGAUGAAAUUUUGUGACACAUUUAAUAAUUACAGUACAAUUAUAUUAUUGAUUAUCUAAAAACCUGUCUGUUAAAAUUUGGUCAAAUAAGUUCUAGAUGGUAAUGAUUACUUAUAGUAAGCUGUGUGAAAGUUUAUAGGAAAAUCUAAUGAGCAAAUUUUACAUAAACUGAACAAAAGUAAAAUUUUAAGGUUGUAUUCAAUCAUUCAUGUUGCCAUGGGAACUGCAAAAACGUCGCAUUUUACCUGUCAAUCAAAAUCUCUCAUCAGUAUAUUUUUCUCUUGCCAAAUUUUAGCUUGUGGGCUGCAACCUUUCUCUUGCCAUGAUUUGGCAAAUGACAUAUACUCACAAACUGCCAAAACUGUGUUCAGCCACCUUAAUAAUGGAAAUUAUUCAGUUCAAUCUCCUCCCAAAAUUUUCCACUUCAUGUUGACUUUAGGUCCUUUAACUGCAUCACAAAACACUAGCUUUGGAAAUGCUCAAAAGUUUUUGGAACACCCCUGUUUUGACAACAUUCAAACAUUCAUACAUUUUGACAACAUUUGUAAGUCUUCAGGAAAAUCAUCGGAAAUCUUCGGAAGUUACUGGGAUGUUUCUAGAAAAUAUAUGCCUGUCAAGACAAGACAAAAAAUCUCACAUAUUUGACCGAAAAUGUUGGUAUGUGUAAAUGAGUGAGCUAGUGAGGGCCAGCCCGCUGAGGCCUUUUCUUUAGGUGGGUGACACUCAACAGUGAACAGACUGACUUUGGGUUUUGGGUUUUGAAAAAUAAAUUCAUGCUACUAAUGAAUUCUCUCUUUUCUUAGUGCAUUUCAAGCCAUUUCUCACCUCAAGACGACCCUUCUGUUCAUAGCUCAGUUAAUUAUUGGAUAUUUUUUGAUGCUGGUAGCUAUGACGUAUAAUGUUUGGUUGUUCCUGGCUGUUGUUGGUGGUUGCGGCAUUGGCUAUUUUUUGGUACACCCAUACAUGGAGUAUUAUCUUGGACAACGCAGUGAACGCUCACAUCCAAUUUAUUAUAUCAACAGAGACUUCACUGUAUAUUCAAGUGCCAGUACUUUGUAA